AUGACCCCGAAUCGUAGAAGCACAGACUCGUACAACAUGCUCGGCGCGUCGUUCGAUUUCGACCCGGAUUUCUCGCUUUUGUCGAACAAAACUCACAAGAACAAGAAUCCAAAGCCGCCGGUCAAGCUUCUUCCCUACCGCCACGGAAGCAACACCACCUCCUCCGACUCGGACAGCUACAUCUUCAACAGUGGAUCGGGAUCUUCCGACGAUGAGACCCCACCACCAGUUGCUCCGAUUUUCAUUUCGCUCGAAGAUGUGCUGUUCAACGGGCAGCUCAUCGAUUUCGCAAUCGAUCCAUCGGGCGUAAAGUUCUUGGAGGCCAACUACCCACUGGAUUCCGAAGAUCAGAUUCGUAAAGCCGUCUUCGAGAAGCUCACCGAAUCCACGACGCUCUUCGUGGGGCUCUGCCACAGUCGAAGUGGCAAUUUCAUCGUUCAGAAGCUCGUCGAGCUCGCAACACCGGCCGAGCAGCGGGAAUUGCUUCGUCAAAUGAUCGACGGAGGGCUUUUGGCCAUGUGCAAGGAUAAAUUCGCAUGUCGAGUUGUGCAGUUGGCUCUGCAGAAAUUCGACCAUUCCAACGUCUUCCAGCUCAUCCAAGAGCUCAGCACAUUCGACCUGGCGGCAAUGUGCUGAGCUCUUGGAUGAUCAAAUCUCGAUCCACGUGAUUCAACGUGUCGUCAAGCAACUUCCAGUCGACAUGUGGACCUUUUUCGUGCAUUUCCUCUCGUCAGGAGAUUCACUGAUGGCCGUGUGCCAGGACAAGUAUGGAUGUCGUCUCGUGCAACAGGUCAUCGAUAGACUCGCCGAGAAUCCCAAGCUCCCGUGUUUCAAAUUCCGUAUUCAAUUGUUGCAUUCUCUGAUGACGUGUAUCGUCCGUAAUUGCUACCGGCUGUCUUCCAACGAGUUCGCCAACUACGUCAUCCAAUACGUCAUCAAAUCGUCGGGUAUCAUGGAAAUGUACAGAGACACUAUCAUCGAUAAAUGCCUGCUCCGUAACUUGCUCUCAAUGUCACAGGACAAGUAUGCGUCGCACGUCAUCGAGGGAGCGUUCUUGUUUGCACCGCCCGCGUUGCUUCACGAGAUGAUGGAGGAGAUUUUCAGUGGAUAUGUGAAGGAUGUCGAGUCGAAUCGUGAUGCGUUGGAUAUUCUUCUGUUCCACCAGUAUGGCAACUAUGUCGUUCAGCAAAUGAUUUCGAUUUGCACCGCCGCUUUGAUUGGCACAGAAGAACGUCAACUUCCACCAGCUAUUCUGCUUCUCUACUCUGGAUGGUACGAGAAAAUGAAGCAGCGUGUGCUCCAACACGCCUCCCGUCUCGAGCGUUUCUCAUCUGGAAAGAAGAUUAUCGAUUCGGUGAUGAGGCAUGGAGUCCCUACUGCUGCAGCAAUCAAUGCACAAGCUGCACCAUCAUUAAUGGAAUUGACCGCCCAGUUUGACGCAAUGUUCCCCUCGUUCCUGGCUCGUUGA